UUACAGGCGACCUUUUUAAUAGAAAAGAGAUAAUAGCUAGAGAACAAGAAAUGGAAAGAAAAAGGAAAGAAGACAAUCAGAACCAGAAUUUUGAUUUCGAGACGUCAAAACAACAACUUUCAAAAACCGCUGAAUUGUGUCUAAAAUUGGCGGAACAAUUAGAUUCUAAAAGUCUUUGCCAGCGACCUAAAUCAUCAGAACAUAACAAAUUAAAAUCUGAGAAUCAACAACUGAAACAACAGCUAGGAGAGGUUAUCGAUGCUAACCUUCAUUGGCAAAAAUAUAACGUAGAGAGGGACAACUAUGUGAUCAGUUUGCAAAAUGCGCUUGAGAGCAAACAAACGCAAAAGUGCGCAUGCGCCAGCAGAGAGCCCGCUGACGUGUUGACAGAGGCACAGCAAAAAGAAGUUGACAAAAUACUGCUCAAUGCUAAGGCGAAAACUUCAUCGAUAGAAAAAGAGAAGGAACAGCUACAAGAUUCCAUCCGCGAUCUUCGUCUUACCAUUCAUCAGAAAAAUCAAGAAAUAGAAAACCUGAAAAAGAGCGCUGCCAGGAACCAGGAUAGCCACCGGUCUUCUAACCAUUCUAACGUCGAUGACUAUGUCAAUAUGUUGAAGGAGCAAAUCCGCGCCGUGACCGAAGACUUUGAGGCCGAGAGACGAGACCGCGAGGAGGCGCAUUCAAAAAUUCUAGAACUUGAAAUCCAACUUCGACAGUUAAGGAACUCGAGAAGCAAUUUUCAACUCUAUCACCAAGGCAACACUGUUGUGGACGGUUGAUCAAAGACAAGCACGUUGAAGCAGAAGCUGUGGAGACAACAGCAACAGAGGACCGACUGAAUCAUUGAUACAGUAUUAAAUGAAACAAGAACAUUUUCAAUAACAAAUCUAAAACAGAUGGUUAUUAAAGGUCUGGUGAAACCCUGUUUUUCCUAGCGCAAGAAUAAAUUUUUUUUUUCUUUGUAAAAAGAAUAUAGUUACAAGGAGAGCAAUUGGCAAGAUAUAUUCUACUCAAGACGAUAACAUAUCCAAAGUUAAAUUUGCAAUACCCAUGCAUUCCAAAUCGUUGCACACUAAUUAAUGUGUUUUCAGUAUCAUAACUAUAAUUAUACGCGUCUGGUAUGUCCCAAAGUCUUACAUUUUUAUGGCUUUUUAUCCUGCAAUGCUUAUUGUCACAAGUCAGAUCUUAAAAACCUCAAAGCACCUGAUGCCGGUAGUUCCUUCUGGAAUGUCAGGUAGACGGUAUAGGUAUAAAUCAAUCAUGGCUCGUUUAGAACUAAGUUGUAUUAGAAUUGGUAGAAAACUUAAAUAGAGGUAUGGGGUGCGCAGUAGUUUGUAAGUAGAAGAAAUGCUUUUUUUAAAGGAUAAUUAGAUGUGGCGCGCAAAUCCCUCAUAGCAUACCUUUUAGUUUCGUUUGAUUCCUUGAAUUUCAAUUUAGUUUGUCUGUUGCCUUUUUACAAGAAUUUCCAUGCCCAUAUUUUGGGGAUUAUUAUGUGUUAUAAUUUUUGAAGUUAUUGUGGCGAGUGACAUGUUUAACCACGUGAUGCUUGUAAAUUACUCACCUUAUUUUGACAAGAAAUAUUCUACCACUUCAUACUAAUUUUGGUCAAUCUGAUGCAAAUGCAUCAUAUCUUACUAACUUUACUGUUUUUUAAUCAAUUCUUCUAUCAUUCUUUUUCUUAUUUUUCAAAAGUGAAAUUGUUUACUGUACACAGAAGUUGUGACUCACCAACUCCGCAUCAUCGCCCUGCUGUCCUUUUAUCGUUUUUUUUUUUCCAAUAUCUAUUUUAAGCUGUUUAUAUGUUACUUUUUGUUUGGUGUGUGCGUUCAACAGGCAUUCAUUCAUUAUAAAUUUCAAAUUACUUCACAAAUAAAAGAUCGCUUAGCCAUGUCAAUGAUGUUUCUCAUACACAGUGAUCAUUCAUAAGUUUAAAAAGUACCAGUACAUGACUUUUAAAUGAUAGCCAAUGUACACGAAAUUUGUGCAGAAUUGUUUGUAAAUAAUAACUUUUGCUGACCCGUCACAUCAUAAUUUUUAGGAGCUUAUUGUAUAUUGAUAUAUAUUUUUUAGCCCUUAGGCCAUAAAAUUUAAUACAGGCAACAAUUUGUAACAAUUUGUUACAUAAACAACGAUUAGGAUAGUGGAGUAAUGUAAUAAAAGCGGCCUUGUUUGGCCAAAU